UGGGCGGGGCGAAAGAUUUGAACUAGAGCGGCGCGGACUGCGGCCAAGCACCGGCUCCUGUGAGGCUCGCGGCCCAGCGUUCUCUGGGCUCCCCAGAAGCCAGCCUUUCGCUCCCGGACCAGGCAGCCCGAGCAGGAGCCGUGGGGCCUGGCACCAGCACCCUCCGCGGCGUGCCAUGGGCCCGCGCCGCCGGAUCCGCAAGCCCGAGGCCCCGAGGAGGCGCAGCCCGAGCCCGACCCCCGGCCCCUCCCGGCGGGGCCCCUCCUUAGGCGCUUCCUCCCGUCAACACGGUUGGCGGAGACAAGGUUGGCUAAAGGAGAUUCGAAAGCUUCAGAAGAGCACACACCUCUUGAUAAGGAAGCUCCCCUUCAGCCGCCUGGCAAGAGAAAUAUGUGUUAAAUUCACACGUGGUGUGGACUUCAAUUGGCAAGCCCAGGCCCUAUUGGCCCUACAAGAGGCAGCAGAAGCAUUUCUAGUUCAUCUCUUUGAGGAUGCCUAUCUCCUCACCUUACAUGCCGGCCGAGUUACUCUCUUCCCAAAGGAUGUGCAACUGGCCAGGAGGAUCCGGGGCCUUGAGGAGGGACUCGGCUGAGCUCCUGCACCCAGUGUUUCUGUCAGUCUUUCCUGCUCAGCCAGGGGGUAAGCUCAUCCUCUUUCACAGGACUGGGGCUGGAAUUUCUCAAGGAAUUUCCUUUCUCCAUCCAUAGUGCUUGCCACCUCGCCUUCCCUUUGUUCUCCAGUAAAGGUUUGAUCUAGUUUUGACUGCCUGGGACUGUGUGGUUUGUGCCCUUUUGUACAAUGUUAGAUAAAAGAUAUCUUUCUAUUAAAUAAUGACCAGAUGACCCCAAUUUCUUUUGGUUGUUAUUGUUGUUUUAUUUUUAUAAGACAGGGUCUCUGUCAUCAGUGGUGCCAUCGUGGCUCACUGCAGCUCCUGCCUUGGCCUCCCAAAGUGUUGAAAUUACAAGAAUCAGAUGACCUCAUUUGGAUUAAGAGAAAACUUUCUAAUAAACUUUCUGAUAAAAGAGAAAACUUUCCAAUAAAAACUUUCUCUUUUUUGAUUAAGAGAAAGUUUUCUUACUUUUGAAAAUGGCUUGUUAGUAAGUGUGCUUCCUUAAUUUCAGGGAUGAUACCGAGGACUCUCCAGAGCCAUGACUAGAUCCAAUGGAUUCUGCGAUGCUGUCUGGACUUUGCUGUCUCUGAACAGUAUGUGUGCGUUGCUUUAAGCAUUUUUUUUUUUUUGAGGAGUAGACUGCAUGACUUUCCUCUGUAACAGAGGUAAUAUAUGAGACAAUCAACACUGUUCCAAAGGCCUGAAAAUAAUUUUCAGAUAAAGAGACUCCAAGGUUGACUUUAGUUUGUGAGUUACUCAUGUGACUAUUUGAGGGUUUUGAAAACAUCAGAUUUGCUGUGGUAUGGGAGAAAAGGAUAUGUACUUAUUAUUUUAGCUCUUUCUGUAAUAUUUACAUUUUUUACCAUCUGUACAUUUGUACUUUUAUUUUACACAUAAGGGAAAAAAUAAGACCACUUUGAGCAGUUGCCUGGAAGGCUGGGCAUUUCCAGCAUAUAGACCUCUGCCCUUCAGAGUAGCCUCACCAUUAGUGGCAGCAUCAAGUAACUGAGUGGACUGUGCUUGUCAACAGAUGUGUAGCUUUUCAGAAACUUAAUUGGGGAUGAAUAGAAAAUCUGUAAGCUUUGAUGUUCUGGUUCCUUCUAGUAAAUUCCUGUCAAAAUCAAUUCAGAAAUUCUAACUUGGAGAAUUUAACAUUUUACUCUUGUAAAUCAUAGAAGAUGUAUCAUAUCAGUUCAGGAUUUUAAAGUACCUUUCGAUGCUUUUACAGGUAUUUUUGUAGUUUCUUUGUAGAGAGAUAAUAAAAAUCAAAAUAAUUAUUUAAUGAAAAUGGACUUACUGUUACAGCAUAGAGAUUUAUACUGUACUUUUUAUGUGUUAACAAUAAGUUCUUUAUUUGUUUGCAAACAGCCACAAUUUAAACAAGAUAAUUAAGGGAGGUGGUUUUGCCUCUGGUGGAGUAGAGUAUGACCAGAUGAAAACCUUGCCCUUCUGUUGUAACUGAAAGCAAUUUAAAAGAUUUCCAGAGACAUGGGAAGUGUCACCCAAAGAUCUGUAUGUGGUGAAAAUGAUUAGUGAGGGCAGACUACUAAUAAUGAUGUGUCAGUCAACUGAGUUCAGAGACAGAUUAAAGAGAUGCACCAAGUUCUACUGUUUAAUAAUUUUUUUUUUCCUGAGACGGAGUCUCUCUCUGUCGCCCAGGCUGGAGUGCAGUAGCGCAAUCUCAGCUCACUGCGAGCACCGCCGCCUGGGUUCAAACGAUUCUCCUGUCUCAGCCUCCUUAGUAGCUGGGAUUACAGGCAUCCACCAUCAUGCCUGGCUAAUUUUUGUAUUUUUGUAGAGACAGGGUUUCACCAUGUUGGCCAGGCUGGUCUUGAACUCCUGACCUCAAGUGAUCUGUCCGCCUCGGCCUCCCAAAGUGCUGGGAUUACAGGCAUGAGCCACGACACCCAGCCUGUUUAAUAAAUUUUAAGCCUUUGGAAAAAUCUCUUCCUGUUUAACAUCAGCUUAUUUUUAUGCAGGCAUUUGAAUAAAGCUUAUCUAGCCACAAAUAUA